CAAUAAGCAUUUAUCGUUGCAGUUGAUGCUAAUAACAAACCUAUUUGUGGUAGACCAGUGUUUAUCUAUUUUAAACGUUCAUAAUUUUACAAAAUAAAUAUUAAACUGAAAUGGAUUGUGAAAGCAUUCAAAUGGCGAUAUCAGAUGAAAAUAAUCUGACUGAACGCAAGGAAAGCGGUAGGAGAGGACGCAAACCUGGCAGAAAAACCUCCUCAGAAAAAGUUGAUAUUAAAGCCAAACUUGAACGGAGCCGGCAAAGUGCCAGAGAAUGCAGAGCACGAAAGAAGCUUCGGUAUCAAUAUCUGGAGGAGCUUGUUGCUGAUCGCGAAAAGGCUGUAAUUGCAUUGCGUACUGAACUGGAGCGACUAAUACAAUGGGAUAGGCAGAUGGCUGAAAGUGACAGUCCCAAUAAUGAUGUUGAUCAGCUGCUGAAGGAGAUUGGCAUCCUUAAGCAAGAGCUACAUGCUUGAACUCAAAGUACAAAAUAAGUUUUUAAUAAACUCUAUACAUAUAAGUAUAUAUUUUCAUACCUUAAGUAAAUUUAACUAGCUUCCCUAAGUUAAAUAAACAAAUUUAUGAAGUCUUCA